AUGCAGAUUAAUACAUGUUAUAUUCUAUACAAAAUAAUUUUUUAUUUAGUAAACUAUAUAAAUAUAUUUAAAAAAAUGCCUCCAGUUAUGAAUGGAAUUGUACCCCCUUUGGUCCAAAAGCAAGAAAUCACUACUGUUUUUGUAGGUAACAUUACUGACAAAGCUUCUGACACUCUAAUUAGACAAAUUCUGAUGAAAUGUGGUUAUAUUGUUAGUUGGAAACGUGUUCAGGGUGCAGCCGGCAGACUUCAAGCAUUUGGUUUUUGUGAGUAUUCUGAUCCUGAAGCUGGUCUAAGAUCAAUGCGGUUAUUAAGUGGAUUUCAAAUUGGCGAUAAAAAGUUGCUUGUAAAAGUUGACUCAAAAACUCGAUCACAGUUAGAUCGUUAUAAAGAACAAAAGAAAAUUGAAAAAGAAGUUUUGUGUGAUUCUGGUGAAAAUUUGGAUGAUUAUGAUAUUGAAUAUGAUGAGGAAACCAAAAAACAAGAUGAUGGCAUUCGUAAAGAAAUUGAAAAGCUUAUUCGUGAUAACAUGUCUGAAUUAGAUAGUGGAAUUUUGCAAACUUUUAAGAAAACUCACAGUGGUAAUGCAGAAAACCUGGAAGGUUUAGACAUGAAUGAUGAUACAAAAAAUCUUGUAGCAAAAGAAAUAAGAGGGUUCAGGGAGACAUACAAAGAUGAACGAAAAGAGAGGGACAAAGAAAGAGAACGAAGUCGAGAAAAGGAUAGACAUCGUGAUCGAAGUAAAGAAAGAGAAAGAGAAUAUGAAAGAGAAAAAGAAAAGCAAAGAGAAAAAGAAAGAGAACGCGAACGUGAAAAAGAAAGAGAAAGAGAGCGGGAACGUGAGCGCGAGAAACGAAAAAGAGAAAGAGAAAGAGAAGAACGCGAAGAAAGAGAAAGUCGUAGUAAACACGAAGAAGCAGAGGCGCCAAUAAGAAGUUCUAGGCGUUCUAAAUCACGCUCUCGUGAGAGAGAUAGAGGUAUAGAAGAUAACGAUGAAGAGUAUGAACGAAGAAGGAUGGAGAGAAUUAGAAAGGAUAAAGAGCAUGCAUUUCUUGAGAAAUUAAAAGAAUGGGAAAUACGCGAGCGAAAGAGGGCUCGCGACUAUGAAAAGCAAUCAACUAAAGAAGAACGUAAAAGAACAGAAGAAGAAGAAGAAAGAGCUCAUCUAUUGGAAUUUUUGGAGGACUAUGAUGAUGAUAGAGAUGAUGUUAAAUACUAUAAAGGGAGUGCUCUUAGUCGACGCAUGCGGGACAGAGACCUUGAGAUACAAGCUGAUGCUCGUGACAAACAAAGAGAGAUGGAGGAAAUAGAAGAAGUACUUAAAAAACAGUUAGCUGGUGAACCUAUUGAAACUAAAAAGAGACGUGGAAAUGAUCCUGAGAAAACAUCUAUACAACAAGAACUAAUGGAAAUUGAAAGACAACAACAACCUGUUGCACCACCUGUACAGCAAAAUCCUAAUCUUCGACCAGCUUUUACUGCAAUAAAUGAAGAAACACCAGAUACAUCACCUGCUCAGCAGGAUACUAAUUCACCAAGCCCAAUGAGCAGUCCAUCGUUCACAAAAUUUAAGCUUACCCCAGAGUCUAAAGGAGCUACACCGUCUCUUAAACGUGAACAUUCUGAAAUAAAUGGUUCUAAUGAGCCAGUGUCCAAAAAGUUUGGUUUUGGUAUGAAAGUGGCAUCAAAUGUUGCAAAUAAAAAUAAGUUAGGAGCAGUUUUUAAUGUAAAUGAAGAUGUCCAAGGUGCCAAUGAAGAACCAAAAAAGAAACUAUCUCGUCUCGAUGAAGAUCCUAAGAAAGAGCCGCCAACAGUUGAUGAUAAAAGAAAAUUGAUUAAAAAUCUUAUAGAAAAAAUACCUACAGUUAAAGAGGAUUUAUUUUUGUACCCAUUAAAAUGGGAAAUAGUUGACGAAACAUUAGUUGAAAAACGGAUUAAACCAUGGGUUAAUAAAAAGAUAUUUGAGUAUAUAGGUGAAGAAGAGCAAACUCUUGUCGAAUUUAUAUGCAGCAAGGUACUAAGUAAAAGCAGUGCAAAAAAUAUCUUAGAAGAUGUUGCUAUGGUUUUGGACGAGGAAUCAGAAGUUUUUGUCGUUAAAAUGUGGCGUUUACUCAUUUACGAAACCGAGGCUAAAUGUCUAGGAUUGGUUAAGUAGCUAAAUUUCAGGGUGUGUUUUAAGCUCCCUAGUUAUAUCAACAUAAAGACAAAAAUGGCGCCGAUGUACUAUUAAAAAUAUCGAAGAAAAUGCUUCUUCUAACUGGUUAUUAGCUAACAGGAGUUAUGGAAGUUUAUCACUAUAUUAUCGUGUGGUUAUUUGACACAUGUAUUUUAAUCCUGUUUAUUAAAUGAAAUAUCAAAUUUUCUAAAAUGAAACUAAGUUUGAUAAAAUUAA